AGCUUAAGCAAGUUGUGGUUAGGCUUAUUCUCACCUCAGUAUCAUAAAUGUCGAGCUCUUUGGCACGAUAUUCAUCUUUUUGUACAGCACCAAGACUCUCAACCUGAUUCCAUUCCAAUUCACAAUCUUCUACCACCUAGUCAAGCCUUCCCACAACCGCUAAAAUGGUCCGCAUUCUCUCCCUCGCCACUCUGCUGAUGGCCAGCGCCAUCACCACCCAGGCUGCCCAGUGGUGCCAGUGCCUCUUCCAAGACAACUCGCACUGCUGCGUUUACAAUGAUGCUAGCAUUGGCAAUCUUGACUGCCAGCGCUGGUGCACUAACGCACACCGUGCCGAUGGUGCGACCAACCCGAACAACCCUCUUGAGGCUGGCACCGCCUGCAACGCUGGCGGGAAGUACAAGACCGUCAGUGGCAUCAACGCUCAGUUCCGCACCCCUUGCUACAGGCAGUAGAUGGUCGUCAGCACGAGUCGGCAGCGGCUUUCGAUAGAUGGAUGGACGGCUAGUAGGGGAUCAUGGCGGAGACGUGGUGAGAGUUAUUCGUUGUAUUGUGUAAUGGAAGACAUGCGAUAGCGCGGACCUGGUCCGGCGCUGCGUGGUAACAGUAUAUACGAAGAAGACAGUCUCAAGAUGUAAACUGCCCCAUCAACCAUCGUGUUCGCUAGAGUUGCUGUUGUUGGAUGUGCAUACUGUGAUUGGAUAUCAAAGAAUCAGC